CAACAUUGAAUAUGACCUUGGAAUGUUCUUUCCUAAUGAUAUCAGAAAUGUGGUUCCUCACUCCUAUAUAAAUUUGGUGUUACUUUCCCUGUUGCACAUGCCUGCAAGGACUCCUGCUCAACACAAUGAGUGCCCUUCUGAGAAGCCUUGUGGUUUUGACCACCUUUGUGACUUUAUGCAACGCCCAGUGCUAUGUUGUCCCUAGAGAGAACACUCUAGGUGAUAUAUCUAAUGAGUGCCAGGAUCCUAAUGGAGUCACACACCCUCUGAACUCACGGUGGAAGACUGAGAACUGCCAGGAGUGUGAGUGUGGCCAAGAUGGAAUUACCUGCUGCAGCACGCUUGCUGUCCCCAAGGGUUAUGACACAGUCAAGUGCCAGAAAAUCUUCAUCAAGGAGACCUGCACCCACAAGGUAGUGGAGCGGAAAAACCCAGGAAAGGAAUGCUUUGUCAGUGGAUGGGUAUUGUAACACGCUUCGUGUGGACCCAGGGCUCCCAGCCUGAAAGGGCCCAGUUUCUUGUAGACCCAGCCUUUCUUCUAUGGCCUCUUUGAUUGUAUAACCUUACCUAUCAGUAAAAAAAAAUUGAGCAAA